UGGACCUAAUCCAAUAAUACCUAAUGCUCCACGGACAUACAUGUUCCUCCUGUUUCAUCAACCAGUCGAAAGGCUCAACAAUUCAGUCAUCGACCACUUUUGUCCGAACGGACGUUGGAUAUGCCAAAUUCAACUGACGCCAGUGUUACAGGCCUGGAAUCUGACUGAACUAGUUGGGGUCACUUGGUUCCGUGCAGUGAAUGAUGGAUUCGCCAAGAUGAGAACCUACACUGUACUAAAAAUGAUGUCGAUGGAGGAAGUCUGUGCCAAUGUCACUGGGUACCCGGGGUCAUGUCGUACGAGCAGACCCACCGACCAGACCAGCACCAUCAACAACAACAACAGCGCUAGUGCUAACAUCAACAACAACGCCUGCACCAUUCACACAGCACUCCAGAUGAUGACAGCAACACUUGCGAUGGUCCUGUUGUUAGCUUUGUAGAUGUUUGACAUUGUUCCUAAUGGUGCUGGUAGAUCUUUAUGUUCAUAUUGAAUCUCAAUAGUAAUUUCAGUAACACGUCACCUUCACUAUGCCUUAGUCUGUUGGGGCAUCAUGCAAGAUCUGUUAACUGUCUUUCUCCAUUCCUCUCUAUCUUUUGCCUUGGAUAGAAUCUCUUUCAAUGGCAGGCUUGCCCAUUCAUAUAGGUUGUUUUCCUAUCGCUUUCUCUAUAAUCUACUUCUUCCUUAGGACCUUGUAAUAUGGUCAUAACACUAGACCAGGGGUUCUCAAUCUGUGGGUCGCAACCCCCUUAAGGGUCGAUUGACGAUUUGCCAGGGGUCGCCUAAGACCAUCGAACAUAUGGAUUGUUUUUGUCUAUUCUUCUAUUGCUGUGUGGAUGGGGGUCGCCAAAGAGUGAGAUUGUAAAAAGGGGGUCGUUGAGUUUAAAAGGUUGAGAACCGCUGCACUAGACUGUUUAGAGCCAGGGGUACAUUAUUAUAAUUCAGCUUUGGGCAGGAAACACAAGAAGUGAAUGGUAAUAAUGCAGUCCAUUAUUUUAACCAGAGGAAUAAUUAAAAUUAAAAUUGAGUCAAAUCUAAUUAGUUUCUUUACAUUGUACAUUAUUUUUGUAAUGUAAUCACUUUUCCUAGAGCCUACAUUUUGUUUGUUAACAGCGCUUUAUAAAUAAAUAAUUAUUAAUUUUAAUUUUCAAUUAUUUUUUUUUUAUUUAUAAACAUUUACACCCAUUUUAU